UCCUUGACCAUGACUGGUUUACUGGAGAGCAAACGGGUUUGGCGUCAGUUCAAGGCUGGUUUCCGUUUAAACAACUGCGCUUUUAGAAAUAUUUCCAGGGCAUUAUAAAUAAUUCUGGUGUAGUCAUUAUUUCGGAAUUUAAUUUGGUUGAAGUUCUAGUGUCAUGACCCCUACUAAUAUAUGGAUUUUGGGUGGUUUAAUACUUGUGGGAGGUGCUACCUCCAACAAAAUUUCUCAGGAUGAUAGAAUACGCAGUUUAGAGAAGGAUGCGGAGCAAAUUAACAUAAAUUUUAACGAGCUGUCCAGUGCUGUAAAAUCCUUGCAGGAAAAAAAUGCCGAGCUGGAAAUGACAAUUGUUACGACCAGAAAAAUUAUGGAAAAUCGUACCCUACUGGAUACAUUUGACAUCGUAGGAAUAAUUGGGUCGAAAAUAUAUUUCUUGGAGAAGGACGCGAUAAACGCAGCUUCGAGGGGACCCAUGCCAUCUAGAAGUUUCACGGAUUCACGUAAAUUCUGUAAUGAAUAUGGUCUUAGACUUGCAACGCUAAAGACGGACGGAGAGAUGAAAGUUGUAAACGAUUUUGUAAAGUUAAAUGAUUGGCUUUGGCCAAUCUGGGUGGGUGGGAAAAGGGUUCCUUGGAAAAGUUCAAAUCGGCCGUCAUAUCGUUGGCAAUCGGACAGGGCUGGACAAGAGUUGCAAGUAGAUUUCACCCAUGAUCCCAUAACAAUAACGGACGAUGCGUAUCAAAACUUGCGGAAUGGGACAUCCUACGAAGAUUGCGUUAUGAUGUAUUUCUCGGGUUUUGCUGGAAAUGGGAAAUUUAGGGAUGAAAAUUGCACCAAAAUUCAUACCCCUCUUUGUCAUAAGCACCUUUUUAGUACAUUUUCUGAUCGAAGAAAAAUUAGAAGAGUUUAAAAUUAAAUUGUCAGUCUUGAAGUGUGACCUUUUGUUAAUCUGGUCGAAUUUCCGUUUUAAGUCGAGUUAGGUAAACUGCAGUCCUAAGUAUUACCUAUAACUAUAUGACAUAUGUAGGUAUAACUUAGUUUCCAUGGAUUAUUUUCAAUUUAUAAAGCACUUGACAAAAAUUUGUGCACGAAGAAAUAAUGCAUACCCUCAUGGUUUAUUCUUUUGUCUUAAAUGAAAAUAAAUUAUUUGAGAUGAGUCAACA